GGGGACAUAUAUGACAUCACAGCGCGUGCACAUAAUUUAUGUUCUGAGGAAUAAAGUGUGCGUGUGCGUGUGCGUGUUGGUUCGCUAGACGUCGUGAACGCGCCUCUAGGUCCUUUCAGUCAUUCAGUGGAUCAGAGCGCGCGAAGAAGCAGCUUCAGACACUCCUACCUGGGCAUGUUGACCUGAUCCAAAAUGGACGACCCAACCAACAGCAGCUUGGCUCUAUCAGACUACGUCCUGGCCAGUGACAGCCUGGACUAUGAGAUUCCUCUCGACGAGAUCCCGGACACCACGCAGGGCCAGGCCUUCUUCGUGGCCACCAUCGUCAUCGCCGUGGUCCUGGUGGGCAUCAUGUUGGUCUGCGGAGUGGGGAACUGUCUGUUCAUCGCCAGCCUCGCCCGCUACAAGCAGCUCCGCAACCUGACCAACCUGCUGAUCGCCAACCUGGCCGUGUCGGAUGUGCUGGUGGCGGCGGUGUGCUGUCCCUUCCUGCUGGACUACUACGUGGUGAAGCAGCUAUCGUGGGAUCACGGCCUGCUGCUCUGCGCCUCCACCAACUACCUGCGCACCGUCUCCCUCUACGUGUCCACCAACGCUCUGCUGGCUAUCGCUGUGGACAGGUACAUGGCCAUCCUCUACCCUCUGAAGCCUCGUAUGAAGUACCAGACGGCGUACUGCGUGAUCCUGACGGUCUGGAUCGUCCCCAUCUUCAUCUCCAUCCCCUCCGCCUACAUGGCCUCUGAGACGACGUACCCCCAUAUGGAAGGUGGCCCCCACAAGACCUUCUGCGCUCAGAUCUGGCCCGUGGACCAGCAGGCUUACUACCGCUCCUACUUCCUCCUCAUCUUCGCUCUGGAGUUCAUGGGCCCGGUGACCGUCAUGGCUGUCUGCUACAUCCAGAUCUCCAGGGAGCUGUGGUUUAAGGACGUCCCGGGAUUCCAGACAGAUCAGAUCCGGAAGAGGCUCCAGAGGCGUCGAAGGACGGUGGUGGUGCUGAUUCUGGUGCUGGUCGCCUAUGUCCUGUGCUGGGCGCCGUACUACGGCUUCGCCCUGCUGCGGGACUUCUACCCCACCCUCAUAUCCAGGGACAGGAACUCCCUGGUGGUCUUCUACAUCAUCGAGUGCAUCGCCAUGAGCAAUGGGGUCAUCAACACCCUCUGCUUUAUGAGUGUCCGACACAACACCAAGCACCUGAAGAAGGCGGGCAAGUUCCAGCUGAGGAUGGUGACUUUUGCGGCCGCCAAGUCGGUGGAUGAAGGGGACGCACGGACCUGCUCCGUCCGAGUGACGGAGGACACGGAGGGAGCUCGGCUGAAGUAGAGGUCAAACAUCUGACAGAUCUGCUGCAGCUCGCCCAGAAACAGAGCAAAGAGACGCACAGAGUGGGAAUUUUCAACGUGUAUUACCCGACCAGAGAUGAUGUGCUUCCAAUAGGUGUAGCGGGCGUGGCUCAUACAGCGAAGAAAAGAACAGUGGGGCCAUGUUGUAGUUCUGUUUCUGGAAAUACUGGAUUUAAACGUUGGUCUCGCCUCGAGGAAAGAUGUUCUUAUCCUGGCAAGACAACCCUGUGUGAUCAUGGAAGUACUCGGAAGAUGUUAACCGCUUUCGGACAACAAGUAAAAAACGUUUGUAUUCCCCUACAAGCCUGCAUCAUAAACGGGGGCUACAAGCACGUGCAGCAGCGUAAAGUGCAAAAGAUGCUGGCUGAAGUGGAAUAUAAAUCCCCAAACCAUCCCAACUCAUCACAUACUGACGCUUUGCCAUCGGCUUCACUUUUCGGUCCCAAUAAACACUUGCUUAGGUUUAGGCAACAAAACCACUUGUGCGCACAGGACACGAACAGCGGUCUCAUGGAUGAAAGCCUUGUGUUUGUUAGACCCGUCACCACACUCCCGGACCACUUUCUCUGAGUGUUUAAUAUUGACGUGGAUGGGUUUACAUGGUAGUUAAUUGAAAGCUUGCCGCAUUUCAUAGAGGCGCUAAAGGGUGCCUUUUGCAUGCAGCGCCGAGGGUGACAAAGCGUCGGUAUUUGAUGACCUGGGAAUGAGAAUGAGCUGAAAUCAGAGGGUAUGGUGAUUAAUAAAUGCGCUCUCAGCCAAUCACAUCACUGAUCUCAUUGCUCUGAAACAGCUGAGCCAAUCACAGGGAAGCAUGACAACAAUGACUCAUCAUGCUGCUGCCCUGAUGAUCUGCAGCCGGAGACUGAUGGUGUGUAUAUUUAAUCUGUACAAUGAUAAAUAAAUAAUAAAAAAUGUUGAUGAAGUCGUUUAUAUGAUCGCAUCAAUCCAACAAUAUUUCAGUUUGAAUUCUAGUGUAUCUCACGUCAUAAAUGGUUCCAUCAUAUUUUAAAAUGUGACAAAGCAGCUUAUACACCAUUAUGCACCUCAAAAUUAAAACAUAAAACUCCACUUGGGACCACCACUUACUACCGCUAAGAAGUGUAAAUAACUAAUGUUUUUAGAACUACA